AUGAAUGAAGAUGAAUCGAUCGACAUUGAUUCAGACGACAACUUCAAUGAUGGAGAAAAUCCUGUUGACGAUGCUGCUGCUGCUGAUGAUGAUGAUGAUGAUUGCGACGGCCAUUAUUUAGAGGAAGAGGGAGAAGUUGGAGAGGACAGGGAAAUGCCUAAUGAGUUCAAUGAAGAAGAUCUUAUAAUUGGUCCAAUUACUGGGAUGCGGUUCAGUAGUAAGGAUGUUCUGUUUGAUUUUUACAAAGAACAUGCAAGAUUAUCGGGUUUUUGCAUUGUCAAAAGAACGUCCAACAAAAAAGGUGGUGAUACUGUUAGGUAUGUGCAAUAUGGUUGUGAUAGGUCUAGGAAACCAAGGAAUAAGCAUGUUACCAAGAGGAAGAACUGCCAUGCUAGAAUAAAUGGAAUUUUGGAGGAGAAUGGUUCAUGGCGUGUUUCAAAGGUGGUAAAAAAACAUAAUCAUCAAUUGGAACCAGCACUAUCGCGAUUGAUGGCUGGACACAGAUCGCUUAGCAAGUCUCUUAAGAGAACUCUUGCAGCCAAAGAUAUUGCUGGCUUAAGACCCUCAAAAAAUAUAAGAGUCGCUGAAGUACUUGCUGGUGGCCCCGAAAAUCUGGGUUGUACACCAAAGGACUGUAGAAAUUAUAUCUUGAAGAGUAGAAAGCUUCAGUUGCAAGAAGGGGAUGCACAAUCAUUACUCAAGUUCUUCAGUGACAUGCAGCAAAAAGAUAGGGAAUUUUACUACUCCGUAGAUGUGGAUAGUUUUGGUCGACUUCGUAAUCUCGUAUGGGUUCGUUCACACUCUAAGGUUGCAUAUGAGGAGUUCCAUGAUGUAAUAUGCCUUGAUACCACAUACCUUGUGAAUCGAUACAAUAUGCCAUUUGCUUCAUUUGUUGGUGUCAAUCAGCAUAGGCAAUCCAUACUUUUGGGAUGUGCUCUUAUGUCUAGUGAGGAUAUAAUAAGUUACAAAAUGGUGCUAUCUACAUGGCUUGGGGCUCUAAACAAUGUUCAUCCAUUAGCUAUCAUGACUGACCAAUGUGAUAGUAUAAAGGCUGCCAUCAGUGCUAUGAUGCCAAAUACAAUACAUAGAUAUUGUAUAUGGCACAUAUUCGCAAAGUUGCCUACGAAGUUAAGUGGAGUUCUUGAUGGUAAGAUUGCAAAGGCAGAAUUUAAGGCUUUAGUCCUUGAUAGCAUUAACGUUGCUGAGUUUGAGAGACGAUGGACUGAUUUUAUUGAAAAAUAUAACUUAGAGGAAAGGGAUUGGUUUUAUAAGCGUUAUUUGGAGAAGGAGAAAUGGGUUCCCGUAUACCUAAAUGACCACUUUUGGGCUGGGAUGUUGUCCACACAAAGAAGUGAAGGAAUGCAUGCUUUCUUUGACGGAUUCAUCAACCGGCAAAGCACUUUGAAGCUAUUUGUUCAGCAAUAUGAGUUAGCCAUAAGAGCUAAGUUCGAGAAAGAAUUGGAAGCUGAAUAUAGGUCAAGCUCCCCUGAAGACCAUCAAGCAACAGCAUGGGUGGAGAAUUACAUUAUCUCAGAUUAUUCGUUCAGGAGUUUUAACACUAGAGAUCCAUUUGUAUUCGCGGUUGAAUAUACACCUAUUGGCGAAUAUCUAAGUUGCAGCUGCAAGUGGUUUGAAACAAGAGGUAUUCUAUGCCGCCAUAUACUUAAGGUGUUGUCUCAUAAGAGGAUUAAUAACGUUAAUGAGAGGUAUAUAUUGAGAAGGUGGAGAAAAGAUAUUGUUCGUCCGCACUUGAAACGUUUCUUUCUUGGAGGUUACCCACGUAUGACUUCUGAAUACAUGAUGUACAGGAAACGAUUAAAGCAUUUUGAACGGGUUUGUGAUAUAGCAUUGGACACUGAAGUGAUGAGGCGGUAUCAUUUGAACAGAUUGGAGCAUGACCUUUUGAAUUGGGAUGAUGAUCAAAUGAUAAUUCCAUAUUGGGAAUUUGAAGAUACACAUAAUGGUGUGGGUGAGGGUGUGGGUGAGGGUGGGGGUGAAAGUGAGGGUGAGCGUGAGGGUGAGGGUGAGGGUGAUGGUGAAGGAAGAAAUAUAAGAGAUCCUAGAUACGUAGCUUCUCGUGGACGUCCAAGGUUGAAUAGAUAUAGAGGGAGAAUUGAUUCAUACUUUAGAAGUUCACAAACGGCUGGUGGAAGUGGAGUUAGAGGUAAUAGGAGGGGUAGAGGUGGUGGUAGAGGUGGUGGUAGAGGUGGGGCAGAGGUGUUGACAGAGGUGGUGGUAGAAGUGGUGGUAGAGGUGGUGCAAGAUGAUGCAACAGUACAAGCACACAGUAGCUUGCCUGAUCUUAACGAUGAAGCAGACUGGGAAAUAGAAGACUUGACCGUUUAG